AUGGUGUCCACUGUCCACUCCAUCACCAUCAGUUAUGUUGCAUCUCAAAAGAAAAGAAAACAGUUAUCAUCACGAGAAGCCCAGGCCAAAUUCAAGGGCUUGAGCAAGAAAAUAUUCAUGGACGUAGGCGGCUCGUUGCCCCGAGAAGUGAAGAGGCUGAACAAGGCCGUAUAUAGCACGGUAAUGGAGGUGAGGGCAUUCGUGGAGGAGGACGAAUCAUGGGCCGCCGAGAUUCCGAGAGGAAGAGGUGACGUCCACAGGAACACUUGGUUGAUGGUGAACUGCAUCAAGUCCAUGCAGGACAAGGCGCGGUACCACGACACCCAGUACCUCCGUGGCCUAAUAGACGACUCCGUCCUCCAUCUCAAGGAGCUGCUCCUGAGGAAGUCAGAGCUAUGCUCGGACCAAAGCCUGAGGUACCUCUUCCUGCUCAACAAUUCCUACUUAGUGGCAAUGAUGGUUGAGGCAUGGUCGCUGUUGGUCGAGCCAUGGUCUAAGCACGAGUGGAGACCUGCGCCUGAAUGCCUAAAGUACAUGAAUAGAUACCUCGAUGUUUCUUGGGGACAUGUGCAGUCCCACAUGCCCAAAACGGCUUUCGUGCAUGGCUCAGGUCGGCUGCAGAUGUUGUUCUGCAUGCUUGCACCGCUCCAGAAUUGGAAGAGGACCGCUUCACGUGCUAAAUUCGAGUCGGCCUUUCACAAAACCUACCAGGCCCAGAGGUUCUGGAAGGUACCGAAUCCUCAGCUCAGAGACGAGCUGCGGAAGACUAUCACAGAGAGAGUCGUCCCAGGUUACCGCAGCUACCUGAGGAAGCAUCCGGAGCUAGAGAGGGGCGGAAGCAGCAGUCCGGACGUGUUGGAGGAGAUGUUGGGGGAGCUAUUUGAAGGAUAA